AUGAAGGCACGCAUUGAUGAUUCAGGACCACACGAGCGGGACGUAGCUUCAAUCUUCUCUCGCUCGCCAUCAAUUCCAUUCUUCACACCACUACCACUUUUCCCGAGCUUCUCUCCAUCUGGAAUCCUCCGCCGGGAUUCACAUCGCCGCCGGAGAAAUACUCCUUACGUCCAGGUUUCUCGCCGGAGAUGUCGCCGUUCGUAAAGUUUUAUCUCUUCGCUUACAACUCCCUACAGGCCUGUGCUUGGACGAUUUCCCUUCUGAAGAUCCUGAGCAGCGUUGUGUCGAGCAAGACGAUAGACGGAGCUUACGCCUCUGCUGGAGACCUAAUAAGUGUGAUACAAACUGUUGCUGUUGCUGAAGUUCUUCAUGGAGCCAUAGGCAUUGUUCCCAGUGGAGCUUUGUCUCCCUUGAUGCAAUGGAGUGGAAGAACACACUUCAUUUUGGCAGUUGUUCGGCAGGUGAAAGAGGUCCAGGACUUGCCAUGGUUGCCUAUAACACUUGUUGCUUGGUGUCUAGGGGAGAUGAUUAGAUACCCUCACUAUGCUUUCAAUUGCUUUGGUAGAUGUCCGUUUUGGCUAAUCUAUCUCAGGUAUACUGCAUUCAUUGUGAACUUUCCCCUCGGACUAGUCGGGGAAGGUGAGAUGCAUGAUGUUCUCUUGUGGAUCAUGUACCAAGCACUUCCAUACAUAAAGGACAGGAAUCCCUAUUCAAAUUUCUUCAGCAAUUUUCCGUUCACCUACUACGAUUUCCUCCGGGUUGGCCUGAUGAUCUAUCCAUUCCUUUGGUUGAAGCUUUAUCUUCAUAUGGUCAGACAAAGGAAGGCUAAGCUCGGGAGAUCUGAUCAUGAUAAACAUGAGGGCAAGAGAAAGAGAAUGUGAAGACUCUUUUUCAUUGGUCCUCUUAACCAAAUCAUCUAUCUAUCUAUAUGCCACCUUUGAUUUUCCCAGUGUUGGUUUCCUUCUUCGCCGAACUAUUUAUUCUCAUUGUUUGUUGAUUUAUUAAAUGUUUUCAAGGAUUUAUCAAGGAAAAAUAUUUGGCUUUGUUAAAA